UCCAUCUUUUGAGUUAGACAGUUUCUUUGUGAGACAUUUUUGAAAUUAUUCUUGCAAGUUCAUCUAGCUUAGGAAUCAAAAAGAAAAAGAUAAAGUAAAAGCAUGAUGAAGAAGAACAAUAUGAGCACAAGUUUGAAAAGCUAUCAUCACCAUACUUAUUACAACAACAAUCCAAUCAUAACAAACAAAAGUCCUUCUCAUAGUAAUAAUGGAUCAUCAUCAGAAGAUUAUAUGAAUGGAUAUCCAUGGCCACCAAGAUCAUACACAUGUAGCUUUUGUAGAAAAGAGUUCAAAUCAGCUCAAGCACUUGGUGGUCACAUGAAUGUUCAUAGAAGAGAUAGAGCAAGACUUAGACAAUCAUCACCACCAACUCAUGAAGUUCAACCACCAACUCAAGGUUCUUCUAUGCUUAACCUUAAUAACCCUACUAACCCUAAUAACUUUUUCUCAAACUCAUCUUCAUCAUCACCAUUAUCAUCAUCUUCCACUUUAGGAACAAAUCUUAAGCCUAUUACUUGCACUUUACCUUUGUUUGUUGUGGAUGGUAUUUUGUUGAACCCUACUUUGAGCAAAAUGACCAAAGAGCCCUUAAGAAAAUCAAAUAUGGAACAAUAUGAUGAUUUAGCUUGUGAAGAUGAAUGUGGAAUGGUGAAGAAAGGUGAGAUUCUAAGGAUGGAUUUGGAGAUAGGUUUGCCAGGAGAUUAUGAUGAUAAUAACUUGGAUCUUGAGCUUCGUUUGGGUACUACUACUUACUCUAAUUAG